UCCUUCAAACUCCUAGGAUUUCUUGAUGUUAAAAGUGUCCCAUGUGCACGAGAAUCAGUGCUCUAUGGCUCCCUGGGAUCUUUAGUUGUGGGUCUCGGACAUUUUUUAGCAACUAGUAGAGUUAGAAGAUCUUGUGACUUUGCAGUCGGUGGCUUUAUUUGCACAAUGUUAGGAUACUGGUUUUACUGUAGGUACAAUUUGGCCCAACGUAGGAUCCGUCAAAGAAUGCUUAAAGAAGGAAUGAGAAACAAAAUUUUAUUUGAAGGCACUUCUCUUGAUCCAGGAAGAAAAGAAACUGGCAAUGAAAGAAGUGAUUCAUAGUCUGCUAUAGAGGAAUCUGGGGCUUAAUACUGCUUUGGGAGAAAGUGGUCCAAAAAUGGCAGUCUUCCCUGUAAGUGUGUGAGGUGCGUAAAACUGAUAAAUCAUGGUGGUUUUCCUAGCAAAUCCAAGCAAGAAAUUCAUAGCGAAUCUGUUAAGUCAGUAAACAAGCCUUUCUUUGUUUCAUAUAUAUGUGUAUGUAUAUGACUAUGUACACAGGUAGGAAUGACC